AUGCAAACAGAUGCUCAGGCUGAAGCUGUGAAUGUGGAGGAGUGUCCUGAAGCAGGAACAGAAGUCUGGACACCCUCUCACUCAAGCAUAACCCCAGACUUAAAUGCAGCCACAAGCAUAAGCGCUGGCAUGAGGACAAGCACAAGUUCUUCAUCUACAGAUAUUUCAUCAACAACACCAGUAUCAUCCCCUACAUCUGGACAGGGGUAUGUGAUAGAUCCAAAAUAUAUGCUAGAGCCCCAAGACAGAGAAUUUGAAGUAGGUCCAGAGUUCCUCCUAAAUGACAGCCAAGACAAACAGGCCUCUCCAGAACAAGGAGAAUGCACUGAAGAGGAUGUGAAGAAACCCUUGGUAGAGGCAAAGAUAUCCAAUCCUAAGGAACAUGUAAUUGAUGAAUAUUCUGCACAUCAUGAUGCUGCUUCAGAUGAUGAAAUCUGUAUAAUAAGAGAAGAUUCUGAAGACAAGAAAGACCCUAAGUUCCAAGAAGUCAUUGUGGGUCAAGAACAAAGACAUCAGAAGGCACCUGAGGCUGCCCCAUCUUGUCCAACCACAGCAUUACAGGCUGUGCACCCAGAAGCUGUGGUAGAACCCACACCAAAGAGAACAUAUGAAUACCAGCGUCCACUUAUUGGGGAAAAGUUUGCCCAACUCUGUGGGCCACGAGUGAUGAUGACAGAGGUCUAUGAUUUGAAUAUAAGUAGAUCCUUCCAUGAUGAACAACAUUCUUACCGAGAUAUUGAAGAGGAGGAUAGAGAACAAGAACAAUGUGAAUAUGAAUUUGCCCAAUGUAUUGAAAUGCUUCAAAACUUAAAAUAUGAACGACCAGGGCAGCAUCAAACCGGGCAAGGACAAGGAUCUAGUGUGCAUCGUCCAUGAGAACAGGUGGUGACUGUUAUUGAUGACUUGGGGUCACCCACCAUGGAAUUUUUUGGAAAUGACAAUUCUCAGCAUUCACAAAAUGAGACACAUAGAUGUUGGGAGGAUCCUAUUGAUUAUACCCCUCCACUUCUGCAUCAUUCAUCAAGAUCAUGCCAAGAAAUGACUGCAUCACAUCAAACAUUGGCAGCCUCAUGUCAAGCAACAUUACUGUCAUGUCAAGCAUCAUUAGUGUCAUGUCCAGCAUCUUUACCAUCAUGUUCAGCAUCUGCACCAUCAUGUCAAGUAUCUUCACCUCUAUGUCAAUCAUUGGCAGUGUCACAUCAAGCAUCUGCACCACCAUGUCAAGCAUCAGCAACAUCACGUCAAGCAUCAGUGGUGUCACAACAAGUAUUGGCAGCAUUAUAUCAGCAAUCAGCAAUGUCACCUCAUGCUUCUUUUGACCACCGAAGAGAGAACAUUCCACGCUUUCUGCCCCCUGGACAAGAUCACUCUGGUUCCUUUUGGGCUGAAGAGGAUACUAAUCCUCACCCAUGA